GCCGGAGAAGCAUUAUCGCAGCAAACAUUACUUGACUACUACAAUAAAGGUAAACAGCCAAAUGAUCCAAUGUUGGAUUUAUCGAAUGUAUACGAUGAAAUGACCAUUUUUACCGGUAAGUUCAACCUUGCUUUAGACACAUUUGCAUCCCCAGAAUUCACGCAUGUUGCAAAGAUUUUCAUUAUGUUCACAAUAUAUCAAAUGAUGAACAAAUACAAACAACUUCAGUCAGCUAAUAUCAAUCCGGAAAAACUUGCUGACAAAUUAUAUAAGCCUAUUACACGUGAUGAGAUCCGAAAUAGAUUGAUUGCUAUUGCUAACAGCAUACACCUUGCUAAAGUUCUCGAAUUCGCCAAAAAAGCAUACACUUGUGUCGCCAUCGAUGAAGGCAAGACACAUGAUUACCACAAUCUUGAUUUUGUCUUAACAAAUCCGUUGGAGCAAAUGAAGCCAUACCCAGUAGAGGCGAUAGAUAUGAAGGAUGGCCAGACAAGUCAGGAUUAUAAAUCCGCAAUAACAGCAGGAUUUAACAGAAUUGACAUUAGGAGUUAG